GAGGCAAGAUAGUUUCGAGCGCUGUCUCCCGCUCGGCACCUCCUCUAAGAUCUCCGGUAGAGAAGAGUCUUCAUGUCGGUGUCAGGAUCUUAAUGUUGGUGUCAGGUGCCACGUUUGCACCUUCUAGGCCAAAAUGGGGAUGGCUGGUUCGUGGCUCAGUGUUGUGGCAAGCCAGCCAUUGUCUUAGAACUGCAUCAUCACCACAUUAAGCCAUCAUAUAGUUUGUUUAGAAUACUUGAAUGAUAGCAACCAAGCCAUGUCGGCAUUACGUGGAGCUGUUCAUGCAAAAUGGAUCGUAGGAAAAGUAAUUGGAACCAAAAUGCGCAAAACAGCUAAAGUGAGAGUAACAAGGCUGGUGCUGGAUCCUUACUUACUAAAGUUCUACAACAAGCGAAAAACAUACUUUGCUCAUGAUCCUCAGCAGCAGUGCAUCGAGGGAGACAUUGUCCUUCUGAAAGCUUUGCCUGAACGAAGGAGCAAGCAUGUGAAACAUGAGCUUGUAGAGAUUGUGUACAAGGUUGGAAAAGUAAUUGAUCCACUGACAGGGAAGCCCUGUGCAGGCCAGAAGUUCCUGAAAAAUGUAACGGACACAGAAAAUCUGACUGAUAGAGAUACUAGCUUUCUUAGUGAAAAACUCCAAGAACUAACAGUUUCUUCUCCAGACAAAUGAAGGGUUGGAAGAUAAGUUGGGACUUUUCUGUCUGUCUCAAAGAAAAGGUUUUAUGUGACAUAUGUAGGAAGCAUGUUUAAUAAUAAACUGGAGUGUGUACAUGCAAUAAAAUAUUACGUUUGUUUUUAAA